AUGGAUGGUUCAUUGUCGGAUCCGCGCGGGGAGAAAGGGGGACCCCCAAAACUGUUGUUGAUCUGCGCAUUUGUUGCCGCCGUGGCAGCUACUUCCCCUAGCAGCGAGUACUUGCCCCCCGCAUACGGUGCCGCCUCGGCUCCAGUUGCUUCCUACGCCGCAGAGGCUUCGGCUCCAGUUGAGUCCUACUCUGCCCCAGCCCAGGCCAGCUACACCGCUGCCGCUUCUGCCCCAGCAGUGUCCUACUCGGCCCCCGCUCAGGCUGUGUCCUACUCGGCUCCCGCUCAGGCUACCUACACCGCUGCCGCGUCUGCCCCAGCUGUGUCCUACUCGGCUCCCGCUCAGGCUGUGUCCUACUCGGCUCCCGCUCCAGCUGUGUCCUACUCGGCUGCUGCUUCGGCCCCGGCUGUAUCUUACUCUGCCCCAGCUCCAUCUUACACCGCUGCUGCUUCGGCCCCAGCUGCAUCCUACUCCGCUCCUGCUGAGUACGAGACCGCUGCUUCCGAGCCCGCACACACCUUCUCGGCCAACGAUGGAUACCGCUACAAGACCCACCGUCGUCGCGUCAUCCGUCGCCACCGUCGUGAUGUGAGCCACCUGCCCUCCAACGAUUACCUGCCCCCCUUCCAGGGAGCUGCUUCCGCACCAACCUCUGAGUACCUGCCCCCAGCAGCGUCUGCCCCAGCUCCAGUCUACCAGGCCGCUCCAGCUGUGUCCUACUCUGCCCCUGCUGCCUCCUACUCUGUUGCUGCUUCGGCCCCUGCUGCUUCCUACUCCGCUCCUGCUGAGUACGAGACCGCUGCUUCCGAGCCUGCACACAGCUUCUCGGCCAACGAUGGAUACCGCUACAAGACCCAGCGUCGUCGCGUCCUCCGUCGCCACCGUCGUGAUGUGAGCCAUCUGCCAUCCAACGAGUACCUGCCCCCAGCAGCCUCUGCCCCAGCUCCAGUCUACCAGGCCGCUCCUGCACCAUCCUACACCGCCGCUGCUUCGGCUCCAGCUGUGUCCUACUCUGCCCCAGCUCAAUCUGUGUCCUACUCGGCUCCCGCUCCAGCUGUGUCCUACUCGGCUGCUGCCUCUGCUCCAGCUGUGUCCUACUCGGCCCCAGCUCAGACUUACUCUGCCCCUGCUGCAUCCUACUCUGCGCCAGCUCCAGUCUACCAGGCCGCUGCCUCCGCACCAGCUGUGUCCUACUCGGCCCCAGCUGAAUCCUACUCCGCCCCGGCUGCAUCCUACUCUGCUCCUGCUGAGUACGAGACCGCUGCUUCCGAGCCAGCACACAGCUUCUCGGCCACCGAUGGAUACCGCUACAAGACCCAGCGUCGUCGCGUCAUCCGCCGCCACAGAUAUUGAACGGUUUAGCAGUUGAGGCUCCC